AUGAAAACUCUUACGGUGCAGUUUGAAAAUCUUUGGAUUUUAAGACCAUACUUCAAUCAAGCAGUCAAUAAACAAAUGUUGAAAAAUCCUUUAUUUGCAAAAUCUUACAGAGUGGUGAAAAUAUGUCGAGCAGGAAAGAUCAUAAUUGUUUAUAAUGAAGCCAGUUAUGACUUCGAAGAGCAAUUAGAUACAUCAGUCAAGAAUGUGUUUAUCAAUCUCGAUUUGUCUAUGUCGUAUGUUAAACCGCAACAUCUUCUCAUUAAAAUGAUUUCGCCUUGUUCAGCCAAAUUAAGUUCAUAUUUUUUUCAUCACGAUAUCACAAGAAAAAUGUUGCAAAUCAGCUAA